AUGGAAGAAGUCCCGCAAGAAAAAGCACAAUAUGUCCUGGACAAGCCGCUGAAAGACGGGCUGGCGAUUGUCCGUCGCGUUGCCGACGGCCAGGUCUUCCUCUCCUACGAGUUCGACAUCGACAAGCGGCCAGAGCUGGGUGACCUGCACACCCUGUACGAUCGAGGCGCAUACGCCUCAGCCGCCGAGGUGCUCAACCAUGAGAACCUCAUCGGCUUGACUGGUCCGAUCCGAACCUUCCCCUAUCAGGGAUGGGGCAGCAAGAACGACGCCCAGCAUUACAUCCUCUGGGACUGGUGCGAUGCAGGCACGCUCGACAACAUCCUCCGCGAGCCCCCUUUCUCCCCAACCCUCGAGGGCUUCCUGCCCGAGUCGCUGGUCUGGCACGUUGCGAACAGCAUGCUGAAGGCCUUGAUGUGGCUGCAUGAGGGCUGGAGGGUUAGGUAUGAUCCCUUCAAAGGGUUCAAAAGGGAGGUGUACCGGAUGGACGAGGACUGGAUGCCCAUCUUCCACCGCGACAUCGAGCCCCGAAACAUCUAUUUCCAGUCGCCCAGGGGAAUCGAGACCUAUGGGACGUGCAAACUGGGAAACUUUGGGAAAUGUUAUAUUUCCGGACGCAUGCGCGACGAGGUUGCCCUUGGUGUUGGUGUUGAUAUCAACAAUCGCAUCCCAGGCGGGGGGGUGGGAAUGACCACCAAGGAAGGCGAUCCGCCACUGGAGGAUGUGUACAAGCGGUGGAAGGAGGGUUACGCAGUGGACGACUUCCGGAAUCAAAAAAAGUCCCACCGUCCGUACUCGGCCAUAGACGAGCUCUUCGCCCUUGGAGCUAUUCUCUACCGUAUGAUGACGGGCCGACGCUUGCCAGGCCCCGAUGCGUGUGAGUUUUGCCCGUGCAACCAUAUCAACAACGAGCAAGGGUGCAGCCAUGUGUGCACGCCAGAUGUGGAUUUGAACAAGCUUUUCCCGACCUCCAGCAAGUACAGCGAGGAUCUGCGGGAGGUCGUGCGCCGCCUUCUGGCUGUACCGGGGGGCACAGUGCAUGCCGUGGAAGAUUACGAAUGGGCUUGGGAGCGAUACCAGUACUGGAAGGAGGACACGCCGGACGGUAAGAUCUAUAGAGAUGAACUCGACAACAAAAUAUUUUGUCUCGAUAACGAGAAGAGACGGAAGGAGGCCGAGUGGAAGAGCCAAGAGAUAGGAGCGGGUGCGGCGUGA